AUGUUGUUCAGCAAACUGAUUUUAGUACUUAACACUUCGUCCCUUGUCGCAGCAGCAACGUCAUGGAUUGUUCCAGGUGCUGUAUGGAAGGACACCAACGGCCAGAAGAUUGAUGCCCACGGCGGCGGCAUUUUCCAACAGGGAAAUACAUUCUACUGGGUCGGCCAAAGUGCUAGCACGGGUGAAACACCCUACAUGUACUCAUCCACCGACCUCCUCAACUGGGUUCCGCACGGUGCGCAGGCUCGAAUCCAAGGCAUGUGGCGUCCAAAGAUUGCCAGGCCUAAUGGGAAAUACUGGAUAUACGGACAGGUGAACCGGCUUGUUCAACCUCUGGAGUCGUCAACAUUGGUUGGCGGUUAUCAGGCCCACGGCUCUGGACAACAUCUCCCACCCAGUGGGUACACCUACUCGGACACUGGCAUGUUCCAGGAUCCCAAUGAUGGGACUUGGUACCUCUUAACCAGUGCAGACCAUAACAACCUCCAGAUUAACCGAAUCAACUCGGAUGGUUCGGUUGGCAAUCGGGUGAACGUGCUAGCGGCCGGAGCCUAUGAGGCUCCAGGCAUGUUCUAUGCCGGCGGCACCUAUUUUCUGAUUGUUUCUGGCAAAACCGGUUGGAGAGGCAAUCCGAAUCAGAUGUUCUACAGUGACAGUAUUUCCGGGUCCUGGCACGGGCCCCAUCCCAUCGCUCCUGGCUCCAGCAAUACAUACGGCGCGCAGAACACAUUUGAGCUUGUCAUCAAAGGAACGAAGGAGACGACUUAUAUCUACAUGGGUGACCUCUGGGACUCCAAGGGGGGACCUAGCUCCAAUUACCUCUGGCUCCCGAUGUCGGUUGACACACGUGCUAAGACUGUGACUUUGAAUUAUCACUCCAUGUGGGUUGUGGACGUGAACACUGGGGUUGUCUCCUUUCCCAAGUCUAAAAAGCGAUAUGAAGCAGAGGAUGCUAUCCUGUCUGGCCGUGCCGUCGUUACUGAGUGUGAUCAUUGCCUGACCAAACGGUCCGUCCAUAGAAUUGAUCAUGAGAGCGAAGUCGUGUUUGAGAAUGUUACAGGCACCGGGCAGCCUGAAUGGGUAUCCUUCCACUACACCGUGAAUAACCCUACUAUGGGUGAUGCACAUAUCUAUGUGAAUGACGAACCAGUUCCGUUGAACAUAUCAGAGCUGAACUCUCGGGCCGGGUAUCAUGAAACUGUCCCUGUCCAACUUACCCUCAAGCCUGGUGACACCAAUACCAUCAGGUUUGCCGCUAUGGGCACUUCUGGUAGGGCAAUGCAUUUAAAGACUUAG